AUGAAAGAUGCUCUGGUCGAGAGAUGGCGGCACAAUCUUCGGAGUCCACUGGAUCUGGAGGCCUUUAGCAGCGUCGAAGUAUCCUUCUGCACACGAAAUGCGAGGAGACGACGACUUAUGCACUUGCUUGGUUCAGACACCAUGCGCAACUACCUGAAUACCAUCUCCUUCAAUUGGGCAUCUGAAGAUUGCGAGCUCGCAUAUUUCAAAGCCCUACGCUGCCCCAAACUAUUCAGGAGAUUCUGGAAGGACCAUAAAGACUGGCAAGAGAAUGUAGGAAAUGCUGUUUCUAUCUGCUUGGAUGCCUUAGAAGAGACGGGAAUUGACGACGACAGUGGCGAAUUGAGUGCCUUAUGGGUCGAGUCUUUCGGCGAGCAAGGAGAUUCUGAUGGCGAAUCAGAUGGAGAGAACCAUCAAGAUGGCGAGGUUGCGUCGUCCCCUGGAGCCCUGAAGGAACAGGUGGACAGUGGACGGAAGACCAUUUGGGAUGCGAAGGACCUCAAACGCGGAACUUCAUUCUCGCUCGGCAAUCAUGGCACCCUGAAAGUGCUCACAGCCUCCACAAGAACCUGUCCCGUGAUUGCGGAGUGGAGCGCUAUCAAGUCUGAGAUUAUGAAGGAAGUCAAAAACGUGGCAAUCAACGAGAAGAUGUUGGGGAGACCUGCUGAGCGCCAUCAUUGCGAGUAUAUACGAGGCUCGUGGGAGGCGAAGCCGCUACCUGUUUUGGUUAUGUCGAAGUCGGCGAAGGUUAUUUUCUCUAACGGUUGA